AUGGAAGUUAACAGCUUCAUAUGUGAGAAUGUAUCAUCAAUGUUACAAUUUCCAUCUGUAGUUAUGACCAUCACUGAUUUGGCACGUAGUUCUGGUCACACGUUGGAAAAGCAGCGUGAUCCAAUAAUUUGUAAUUUAGUUAUUGACGGCGUUUUGAAAAAGGACAAUUUUUUUGUAUCAAUGAAUAAUUUCAAAAAAAUACGGUUGUGGCCCGGAUACGCCAAAUUACUUCCUGAGGAGGAGGAUGAGGAAUCACGAUUAAAAUUUCGUGAAAUAUUGGGCAAAUAUGGUUUGGAUUUGAGCACAUACGAGUCCUUUUUUUCUAGUAUUGGAUCAUGCUUGUCAAGAAGUACGAGGUUCAUGUUUAGUGAGUCAACUGCUGAAUUAAUGAAAAUGGAUUGUUACAGACAUUUGAAAUAUGAUGAUAACCAAAUUUUGUAUCCUUAUGGUGUUACGGUUAUAGAACAUGCUGCCGAGCUACAAGCCGGAAUAAAUGUGACAGGUAUUGAUACAUUUGAAUAG